AUGCUUAGAUCGAUCGUUUUCGAAAUGGAGGAGCUAGCUCAAAGCUUGGAUGGAAUAGACCUAGGGGCGUUCAAAGAGCCCGCUGGUAUCUUUGAGCUUGUUCAACCGAUUGGCAAUGGAACCUAUGGGCAAGUUUUCAAGGGAAGACAUAUUAAAACUGGCCAGCUUGCGGCAAUCAAAGUCAUGCCAGUAACACAGGAUGAAGAAGAAGAUAUCAAAGCGGAAAUAAAUAUGCUGAAACAGCACUCGCACCAUCGAAAUAUUGCAACUUACUACGGCUCUUUCGUGAAGAAAAUGCCUCAAGGAGCUGACAAUCAGGUGUGGCUCGUCAUGGAAUACUGUGGCGCAGGAUCCGUCACUGACUUGAUACAGGCUACUAAAAAUAGAAGUUUGAAAGAAGAUUGGAUUAGCUACAUUUCAAGAGAGAUUCUGCGCGGGCUGCAACAUCUUCACAGUCGAAAAGUAAUCCACCGAGAUAUAAAAGGACAGAAUGUGUUGCUUACUGUGAACGCAGAUGUGAAGCUGGUAGAUUUUGGAGUUUCCGCUCAGCUUGACAAAACGAUAGCAAGGCGGAAUACGUUCAUCGGUACUCCUUAUUGGAUGGCUCCUGAGGUUAUCGCCUGUGAUCCUCAAAACUCAUCGAAAAAUGAUUACGACAAUCGCUCAGAUCUAUGGUCUCUCGGUAUAACAGCAAUCGAGAUGGCCCAUGGUCAUCCGCCUCUUUGCGAGUUGCAUCCUAUGAGAGCGCUCUUCCUGAUUCCACGAAAUAAACCGCCAAAGUUGGAAAUGAAAAAAGGCAAGUGGAGUACAAGCUUCGUAGAUUUUGUCGAUAAAGCGCUGAUAAAGAACUAUCAACACAGACCUGUCACUGAAGAUCUUUUGAACCACCCUUUUGUCAAGGGACAGACAAACGAACGACUUAUCAAGCAACAGUUAAAAGAGUUGAUCGACAAAAUGCAGCGUCGUAACGAUUUAUACAGCGAUGACAGUAAUUCUGAGGAAGAAAAAGAGGAUUCCGCUGAUCCCACGAUCGGAACAAGGGAUGAAAAUUUAACUCUCCGCGGGGCAUUUGCUCAGCUAAAUCGCUCAGAAAUGAACGCGCACAAUAGUGCGCUUAAUGAGAGCUUGAAAGAACGCGAGGAAAAACUCAAGCGAGCUCGGCAAAAACAGGUUCAAGCGGAGAGACGACGGAUGAUACAGAAACAAGAAGAAGAUGCAAUCAGAGCAGAUGCUGCUAAAAGAGCACAACUCAAAGAUAUUCUGGAAAAACAACUCCAAAGCCCUCCAGGAAAUCUUCACAAUAGAUCUGGAAGUCAGCCAGACAGACCAUCCCCUAAACCUCCUGGUCGUCCAAGCUUACACGGCCACCAGAGAAGUCACUUGAGCAACAACACCUUUGGCUCGAGUAACAACAGUCGCUCACCAAGGCAUUCUCCGCACAUUUCCAGAGAUCACACGCCCAGUCAUUCAAGGUCAAACUCUGGUGCAGUUGUAACAAAAUCGCCCCUUCAAUUCCCGCCAGCUCAGUUUCCGCCUGUCAUUCCUGUAAAUACCUAUCCUUCGGAUACAGAUGAGGAAAACGACUUUGUUCCAUUGGACAGUAUUCAACCGCGAUUGCCAGACAUGCCCCCUCCUAUGGACGAGUCCGACUCAGACCAAGAUGAUUACUCCUAUCCUCAGCGAGCGCCGCAUCUCGAAUUCAGCUCGAUCGCCAAUUCAUCAACGAAUCCGAAUCUGCACAAACACCAAAAAUCCGACCCAAGUUUUACUUUAAACGCGACUCAUGAUUUUUCGCUCGAACAUGGAAACGUCCCACUCAGCUCUACGCCCCAAGUAUUCGGAAACGGUAUCAUGCAAAAUUUACAAAGAGAACAGCUUCAAUCAAAUCACGAUAUCACUCCUCACCUUCCGCAUAGUCGUUCUGUUCAUGACAAGCAGUUCAUGGAUAGACGACAGCAUCAGCAGAACUUUGCACAAGCUCCUCACCUCCAACAGAAACCUAUCAGUCACAGUCAAAGUUUCCAUCACAAAAGUAGUCAGCCACGAGUUAACGCCGACAAAAUCAAUGUACAUCCUUCCUCCAGUGCGCAAAUGAGAGUAAAUGAAGAAUUGCCUGAAAUCCGAAAGUAUAAAAAGAAAUUCAAAUACGACAUCAACUGCGCCUCUCUCUGGGGCGUGAACCUUCUUGUUGGUACGAAGAAAGGGCUCUUCCUCCUUGAUCGCCAGGGUCAAGGAAAAGUCUACACCGUAGUAGCAGAUAAGAGCUUCCAGCAAAUCGACGUUGUCGAGAGCAUCAACAUGGCUAUCUGUAUAUGUGGCAAAAAGAAUAAAUUAAAAGCCUAUUACUUGUCCAAACUUCUGCAAAAAAUCCUCAAGACCGAAGACGGGCGCACGCCGCGAAAUUCAAACUCCGAAUUUUCAUCGAUCGGUGACCUGGAAGGGGUUAUUUGCUUUCGAAUGGUUACUUUCCAGAGAAUCCGAUUUCUUGUCAUCGCGACGAAGGAAACAAUCGAGAUUUAUGCUUGGGCUCCCAAACCAUAUCAUAAAUUCAUGCCCUUCAAAUCGUUCGGAAACUUACCACAUAGGCCCCUUUUAGUCCACCUAACCGUUGAAGAAGACUCUCGAAUAAAGCUUAUUUAUGGGUCGGAAAAGGGCUUCCAUGGGAUCGACACAGAAACGGAGAAAAAAUACGAUCUUUACAUUCCUUCAUACGUCUCUCCGCCCAUUAUUCCGCAUCAAGUAGUUGUUCUGCCCGAUUCCGAUGGAAUGGAGCUACUUUUGUGCUACAAUGAUGAGGGCGUCUACGUCAACACAUACGGAGAAGUGAUUAAAGAGACGAUAUUGAAUUGGAAUGAAAACCCGCUUACUGUUGCCCACAUACAGAGCUCUCAAGAAGUGAUGGGUUGGGGAGAGAAAGCGAUAGAAAUCCGAUCCGUAGAUCGGGGCCUUCUCAAUGGCGUUUUCAGCCACAAAAGACCCAACAAGCUUAAGUUUUUGACCGAGCGCAACGAUAAAGUAUUCUUUGCAUCGGUACAAGCUCCGGGAAACUCUCAGGUCUACUUCAUGACAUUGAACAAUCCGGCAUCGAAUCGCUUUGGCACAUGA